ACUCUGGCGUUUACGGUAAUGUAGCUUCACCCUUUCAAUUACAAAACCAGUUCCUGUUUAGGUAUGGUGUCAAAAGUGGACGCGUGCAUGCUGAAAUCUGUUUUAUUUAAGAAGCUUGUGUUUUUAGAGGUAAAUGCACGUUUACAAAUACGCUUUUAUUUGCAGUAGUCAUAUAUGAAUUUCGUAGAAAUGCUAAUCAGCUAACUCUGUAUUUUAAAAGCGACUUCUUAAUAUUAACCCCUUCAUAUGACCAAUUGUCGUCUAUUUAAGAACGUUAUAUAUUAAUAUAGGUAGCCAAAUAUGGAUCAGAUCUGCUCUCUGUAGCAUUUGUCAAAACAGGAGAUCGGGUGACAGUGACCCCGCGCUGUCAUCUUUAAUCUUUUGUUUAGGUUAAGAUAGAGGUGAGAAAUAUACUAAACAGAUGUGAUACAUGUUUCACCGGUUGUCUGGUGGUAUUAUUUGAUGUAUGCCAUCGUUGGAUAUUUGCGAGUGAAGCCGCAAAUGUCGGCGUCUGCCCUGCGAUUGAUCCGCUGCCACCGGAGACUCAGCACCGGCGGAACCUCUGCCAACAACAGAUCUCUGCCAUGGAAAGACCUCAGGAAAAUUGCGAAAGUCACCGGUGCAGUAGUAUUUGGUGGCUGUGUAUUUAUCACAUACGAAGUGGUUUCGCUGAAACAGGCCAUCACUGUUGACACUAGUGCCAUUCUGCAGGAGAAAUACAAAUCCUACAUCUACCUGACUCAUGCCACAAACAGAGAACAAGAGAGUCUUGCUUCUGGCCUCACUAACAGAACUAGGAAGGAGCUUCAUAAAGCAGCUAGAAAGUUUCUUGAAAUUUCAUCCAAAGUUCUGCUCCGCCCACUGGACGAACAUCUCAGUCAUCUGGAUGCAGAUCCUCAUGAAUAUGCACUUUGGGUCCUGUUAAAGAAAACCUGCUCUGCUGACCAGGCCGUGAGACAGCAGGCGAUGCAGGACCUGGCCCAAAGUCACCACUGGCAGGAUUAUCAAUAUCAGACAGCAGCACAAGUGAUAGAUCAACGCACGACUGUGGGUCUCGCCCGUAUCCCCAACGUGGACCUGCGCUACUUCCUCCCUCCUCCUGUCCUGCCAAAUAAAGAUGAUGAUAUAUCAAUAGAAGACAGCCUUAGACAGUUACUUGCUUCUCUGCCCCAGUCGGAGGUGGAUAAGUGUGUGCAGUAUUUCACAUCCAUGGCACUUAGAGAGAGCAGUCAGUCUCUAGCCUCUCAAAGGGGCGGGCUUUGGUGUUUUGGAGGAAACGGGUUGCCCUAUGCACAAAGCUUGACUUCCACCCCUUCAGAGAAGGUGGAGACUUUCUGCCUACAGGCGCUGGUGCAGCACUCGAAGGUCCCGAGUCACUGUGACCACAUCGUUGCUAAUGGAGGUUUGCAGCUUCUGCAAAGAGUGUACCAGCUUCGCCGAGACUCUCCGAAGAUUCAGCGUAACAUUGUGCGAAUAAUUGGAAAUCUUGCCCUGAACGAUAGCCUUCAUACGGCUAUAGUGCAGUCAGGUUGGGUGUCUGCCCUGGCCGAGAUGAUCCAGUCACCACAUAUCAUGCAGGCAUCUCAUGCUGCCCGUGCUUUAGCCAAUCUGGACAGAGAUGCAGUAAAAGAGAAGUACCAGGAUGGUGUUUAUAUCUUACACCCACAGUGCCGUACAAAGCAACCAGUCAAAGCUGACAUACUUUUUGUGCAUGGCCUGCUGGGAGCUGCGUUUAAGACAUGGCGUCAAAAAGACUCUGAUACUACAAGUGUUGAAAAAGUGGCAGGAAUCCAAGAGGACUACACUGAAUGCUGGCCCAAGUCAUGGUUGGCUGCCGACUGUCCAAACCUCAGAAUCUUAUCGGUAGAGUAUGACACGCAUUUAAGCGACUGGAAUGCUAAGUGUCCUGUUGAAAACCAAAGGAAGUCAUUGGCCUACAGGAGUCAGGAACUGCUGAGAAAAUUGAAGGAUGCUGGUGUUGGUGACAGGCCUGUGGUUUGGGUAGCCCACAGUAUGGGAGGUUUACUUGUAAAAAAGAUGCUUUUAGAUGCCUCCAAAGAUCCUGAUCUCAGUGCUCUGAUCAAGAACACAAAGGGAAUUAUGUUCUACAGCGUUCCUCAUCACGGCACAUUCAUGGCAGAGUAUUCUGUCAAUGUGCGAUACCUUUUGUUUCCCUCCAUAGAAGUUAGAGAACUUUGUAAAGACUCUCCAGCAUUGCGAGAUCUGCAUGAAAAUUUCCUUAACAUUGCAAAAGAACGAAAGUACAAAAUCCUUAGCUUUGCUGAAUCGCUGCCAACUAACGUUGGGCCAAUGCUCAAAAUAUUGGUUGUUCCAUCUAAGUCAGCAGAGCUAGGAAUUGGGGACCUCAUCCAGGUGAACGUAGAUCAUCUCAGUAUUUGCAAACCAGAAAAUAAGGACUCUUUGAUCUAUAAACAAAGUUUACAGUUUAUCCAGGAUGCUCUUGGAGGACACAGAAUGAAGUAAAUCCUGAAAACAGUGUCUAAACUGAUCUCUUCCCUCUUCAGCAUCACAUUUUAAAGAUAGUGUUACUUAUGACAAAACUGGAUAUGGUUUAAAGACAGAUUUUACUUAAUAUUUUGUAAGAAUCAUGAUGCUUUGACCAUAGAAACAGCACAGAUUUUUCCAGUUAUUUUUCUUCUUAAUUCUUUGCAAAUAUUUAUGUGAAAAAACCCUUAUUUUACCUUUAAAUGUAUUCAUGUGUUUUGCUAACCUCAAUUUUGCCUUGGAAUCUAAUGCAAGACAUUGUACUAUAUAUUUCAGUUUAUGUGCAAGGAGCAUUUAUUUAUACAAAAUGCAUGAGCAUCAAGAUAACUCUUUAUAUCAAUGCACAGUAUAAAAGCAAGAAUGUUAGUUUUAUUUAAAUUGUUAAUUCUUAAUUUUAUUUAGUCACAGAGUGAGUAUUGAAGCUUUACAUUCUUAACUCACCAACAUUCUGAGUGCCUCUACCUCAAAUGCACAGGAUGGUACUAAUACUGGCUGUAAUUUUGAAUAUUUUUGUACUAAUUUUGAAUUAAUUGUAUUACUUAUGACCAUAUUUUUGAUGGUGUUCCUCUCACACAAUUGUUGCCAAAUCUUCAUCACAUCGCUGAUAUAAAUACAGCUACGUCCUAACAUUUCAUUCUGACAUAAUUUUACUAUAUCA